UUUGGCUUCUCUGCAAUUGGCUGCGGGUGGUGAGCGUCGCUUAAAUCCGCCAAUGAGGAGCGGGAGGGGCGGGGCGGUCGUUUCAAACGCUGCCGCGAGAAGCUGCACCGAGCGGACUCAUCUUCCUAAGCGUGUGGCUUCGCCCAGCCGUAUCAUGGAUGAUGAAGGGAAAACAACCUUGCAUUCAGAAUGUAAAAUGAUGGAAGCCAAACCCAAUGAGUGUGUGAAUAAUGAUUUUCACCAGCUGUCUGAUGAAAAAUUUGACUUUGACCUUUCGCUGUCUCCUAUAAGUGAACAGGAGGAUGAAGUUUUUGUUGGGCCCAUGGGCCAUAAAGAAAAAUGCAUUGCGACGGCUCUUGAAGCAACAAAAGACACAAUUCCUCCAUCACCACUUGUGGAUGAACUAACAUGGAGCCCUGUUUCUGAGGAGAAAUUUGUGGAGAUUUUUAAGGAAGCUCACCAGAUAGCAGUCCAGAUACAAAGUGGAAGCAAAGCCAAAAGGAACAACGGUCGCCAGCUGGAAGAGAAUUUUGUGCAAGAAUCUAAAUCAAAACUGAAACUCCUUGAGAAAGGAAUAGUGAUGGAUAAAACCUCAAAGGAAGUUAGGAGAGAGACUUACUGUGUGUGUGAAAGUCCACUCUCCCCGUGGCCGCCUUUGUUUCAGAAACAUUCAAGGCAACCGAUUGCCGGGAUGGACAGCUCUCGUUCUCCACAGAUUCCUCUAAAUACUUCUAGUCCUGCCAGAAUGAGCAAAUUGCCCCACACACCGCUUGCAUCUUUAGCACAAGGGAAGAGUGACAAAACAAAUAACAAACCCAGCACAGUUCAGACUGUAAAAAAUGCAUCUGCAUUUGGGAAUAGUCUCUUGGCAGCGGGACAGCCAAAACAAGGGAAGCUGCCCGGUAUUUCCAGCUGGAAUAAUUUGAGCAGUAUGGAGUCGUCGGAAGAGCUAGUCUCUGACAAAUCAAGUCUUGCUUCAGAUGCAGGAGAUGCGUCCUUCUCUAACAGUUCAGCGGGGAAAGACAAGAGAACUCUUUCAACUUCCAGCAAGUUGGGGAUCAAGGCAACACAGCUGAAACGUCCUAGUAAUAUCCAUAUGCGAAGGAACACUUCAACUUCUUCUUCAUCCUCUUUUUCCAGCAUAAGCUUGAAUUCAAGUCUGUCCAUCUCUCCUAAGAUAGGGAAAGGUAAAAUAGGUGUUGCUUCUAAAGUUUCUGCACGUGGUUCCCGCCUGUCCUCUUCAGCAAGCAAGAUUGCUAUUGUUAAACCUAUGAAGGGGUUGUCUGUGCAGGCUUUCCAUUCUGAUGCACCUGGAAAGCAACAUGGGCCCACAAGUGCUUCGAAAACAAAUCCUCCAAUAAAUGCAUACAAAUACAGAGUUACAGAUAAGUCUGAGACGACCAGUGGGAUUUUGAAAGAGGACUUAGAUCCUAGUUUUCAGAAACCAUUGCAGAAAAGUAUAUUGGGAAACAGAACAGCAACUUCAAGUCCCAAGCCCAAAGCAGUACCUGCAGUCUCAAAGGAAGGUGUAUCUGAGAAUUUUGUUGCCAGAGUGUUACAACCAAUUGCGUCACUGUCUUGUGGUAAUGUUGGAAGCAAUGUUGCAGUUACCCCGCCUCGCAAACUAUCAGAAGACCGAUUGGUAUUAAAUACCUGUUCUGCUGCCAAGUCUGCUUUAUGGACUCCAUCCAACAGAAGGCAUUCUGCAUUACCUACUCCCAUUGGUCGGUGUACAUCGGGAAUUCCAUCACUAACCCCCAAAACGGUUCCCAAAGCAAUGUCUUCCCCCAAUCUUGUGUCUCUUCGGCAAGUCUCGAGUGUGUCAUCCAAAAAGACUCUAGCAGCUAGUUUCAAAUGGACCAGAGAGCACAAGACACGUGGGGCCUAUAGCUCAUCUUCAACAGAAGGGUCUCCCCCACCAGUUGCACCUAUUGCCCUUGAUUUUUCAACAGAGAAGUCUUCUGAAGAAACAGAACAGGACCUUUCCGAGCAGGAGAAACCAGCAGAAAGAACACCCACGGAGGAGACUUUACUGAUAGACAUUGGGAUAGAUAAAACACCACUUGCCACCCAGGAAUGUGAAAAUAAACCCCUUAUUGAUCUUUUUAAUACUCCUGAAAUGAUUCCAGUUCCUCUGUUGAAGCCUGUAGGACAGCCAAUAGAUCUGAGCUCUCCUCUCAUCAGUUUUACACCAGAAGGAAAUAAAGAGAACCUGGAUUCUCCUCUUUUGAAGUUUUGAUUUCUUGAGCAAAUCUCUUAACUUGGAAGAGUUUAAGCGCAAAAAACUGAUGUUUCUCUAAGCAGGGUGUGGGUGGGUAACAGACUAGUAAAAUAGACAUGAAGUUUUAAAACUGAACACUUGCCAAUGUAAUGUUAAUGUGUUAAGGAAUAAUAAUAAAGACUGCUUAAAUAUUGAUUACUCAGUACUGGCAAGAACUGAUCGCAAAUGCCUUGCGUGUUAAAAAUGUCUAGUUUUGCACAAAUUUGUCAAAUGUCAUGAAUUAAAAUAAAGCAAAUGCAUUCUAAAAUACAUAUUUUCAUGAAAAUAUAGUGGAAGCCUUUCUGAAUGCUUCCGCCAUUUCAAGUUUACAAUUCAAAGCACCUGCUAGGAUUUAUAACGUGCACACUGUACACUUAGGCAUUUUGGUCUGUAAUUUGUGACUGGAAACUCUGCAGUAACUUGAACAAUUUGGUGAAUGAUUAUUGAGAUUUACAGUAUUUGAAGCAGAACUGAUUUGCUGUAUUAUGAUUAGGAUGAAUUGGAACUGUCCAAUUUUCAUAAUGUGAAUUUUUGUUGCAUCAUAGCCGUAUUACUCUUGGAUCAGAAAUCUGAACAAGCUGAGAGCUUUUAUGCACAGUGAGCUCUUCCUGUUCCUGUGCAUCAUGCUAUCAAAUGAAGAGAAGGGAAUGACGGAUCUGCCUCUGACAUCUGUUCCAAACAUUUAUAUGAAAAUGAAUUUACCAGAACAGAUCAAUUCAAGCAAGGGGGCGGGGGAAUGGGUGACUUUUACAUCAUGGAGGAGAUUCCUUUUACAGAAAAGCAGGACAUUCCUCACUGAUAGUUUGUCUUAACUGGAUGCAACGAUGGACAAGUACUAGGCUGGUCUUCCCUUGCAGCUAGAAAUGUAGUUUUAAAAAAACCAAGAAAAUGGUAGUGACUUGGAAAGUAUGGAAAAGACUUUGGCUUCAGUAAGCAUAUUAAAGCAUACAUAGUUCUAAUUCAGCCUUAGCACAAAGCUCCCAGGUUGUGUCUUUACUGCCACCUUGGAAAGUCCUCCUCUGUGAAGGAGAAAUCUGUUCCCUCUCCUGCAAGCCUCCUCACUUGCCUACAUGAAUUCCUUGCUGCAUUUGGCUAACAGACUAGCUGUUAAAUACAAAGCUCUGGUUUAUUUGUUUAUUUAAUCCCUACAAUCCAAGUGGCUUUAAAAUAGUUGAAUCCUCUUGUAGCAUAUACACUGAAACUAAUAUGUAUCUUUCAGAAUCUAGGUGGAGAAACUGUGUGGGUAUUUAUUUUAAAGUAACACAAUUAGUAUUUUAUCUUUUCCAAUUAAGAAAUAAUGUAAGAAUUUAUAUAGGGAAACAGGAACCAAGACGUAUGGUUACAGGGCCCAGCAGAGAUCUAUAGGUUACUAUAUUAUUUCUAAUGGUUGUUUCAUAGUUUAGGUUUAAUAUAUUAUUGACAGAUUCAUAUCAACAACUGAUUCUAGACUAGCUGUGAAUUUAUAAAACGUAAUUUAACUAGCAGAACCAAAUUAA